AUGUCGAAGCUCAUGAGUUUGGAAUUUGAGGCCCUUGACAUUAGUGGGGACAAUUACCUUGCAUGGGCAUUAGAUGGUGAAAUUCACUUGAGUGCAAAGGAGCUUGGUGAAACCAUCAAGGAAGGAAAUAAGGCUGAAGCCAAAGACAAUGCAAAGGCUAUGAUAUUCCUUCGCCAUCAUCUCCAUGAGGAUCUCAAAAAUGAGUACUUGAAUGUGAAAGAUCCACAAAUCCUCUGGAAUAGUCUCAAGGAAAGGUAUGAUCAUCAGAAAACUGUGAUUUUACCCAGAGCUCGUUAUGAUUGGACUCAUUUGAGGCUUCAAGACUUCAAGUCUGUAGCAGAGUACAACUCAGCCUUGUUUAAGAUCACCUCCAAGUUGGAGUUGUGUGGAGAGAAAAUCACGGAGGCAGAUAAGUUAGAGAAAACAUUCUCUACUUUUCAUGCCAACAAUGUUGUCCUGCAGACACAAUACCGUGAAAAGGGAUUCCAGAAGUAUUCCCAGUUGAUAUCAUGUCUCCUUGUUGCUGAGCAGAAUAACGAGCUGCUGAUGAAAAACCAUGGUCUGCGUCCAACUGGUUCUGCUCCAUUCCCUGAAGCGAAUGUGACAACCUUUGAUAGGACAGAACAAAACCACAGUGGUCGAAGCUACAAUCGUGGUCGUGGUCGUGGUCGCGGUCGUGGUCGUGGUCGUGACAAUGGUCAUGGAACUAGAAGAGACUAUGGUCGAGGUCGAGGAGUUUCCUUCAAAAACUCACACUCUAACCAAAGAGGGGGAAACAGAGGUGGCAACAGACAAGCACCACAAGCAAAUGUGUGUCACCGAUGUGGAGGAAAAGACCAUUGGUCUCGUUUGUGCCGUACACCAAAGCAUUUGGUUGAGCUGUAUCAACAGUCUCUGAAACCAAAUGGAAAGAAUGUGGAAACAAACAUGGUGUUCGAAGAUGGAGAAGAUGACUUUGGCUCAUUCAGUGAGGCCACUCACAUGGAAAUUGCUGAUCUCAUUGCCCCUGCAGGGCAGAAUUGA